AUGGCAAAAGAGAUCAUGGCUGGUGGCGACCAUGGCGAAGGAGACGAGGUGGUGCUUGUGGGAGACGAGGAGGAGGAGGAAGACAUGCUUCCCGGGUUCCGGUUCCACCCCACUGACGAGGAGCUGGUCACCUUCUACCUCCGGCGGAAGGUGGCCGGGAAGCGCCUUAGCAUCGAGAUCAUCAAGGAUUUCGACAUCUACAAGCACGACCCAUGGGAUCUUCCAAAGUCGAGCUCGAUCUCGGGAGAGAAGGAAUGGUACUUCUUCUGCCUGCGGGGGAGGAAGUACAGGAACAGCAUCAGGCCCAACAGGGUCACCGGCUCCGGCUUCUGGAAGGCCACGGGCAUCGACCGCCCCAUCCCUUCCGCCGCCUCCGGCCGCGCCGGCGACCCCAUCGGCCUCAAGAAGUCGCUUGUGUUCUACCGUGGCAGCGCCGGCAAGGGCACCAAGACGGAGUGGAUGAUGCACGAGUUCCGCCUCCCGCCGCGCGCCGAGAGCACCCACACUUCGCCCAGCGAGCAAGAGGCGGAGGUGUGGACCAUAUGCCGGAUCUUCAGGAGGAACUUCACCUACAAGAAGCACCCGCAGCAGCAGGUCGCCGGCAGCAAGGUGUCCGCCGCCGCGGCCGUCGUCGUGCAGCCCGGGGAGUCUAGCUCCGUCACCGGCAGCCUCGAGUCGGACACCGGGGACGAGUACACGAACGACCUGCCACAGCCCCCGCUGCAAGCUCCGGCGGUGAUAGACGACUACGGCUACGGCUACGGCCAGCAGCAGCAGCAGCAGCUUCAGCAGGCCCAGUGGAACAGCCACGCGCUGCAUGCAGUGGCCACGGCGCCGCUGCUGUCACCGACGAUGGCCGCGUUCCACCACGGCGUGCUCAGUAGCCCUGCUGCCGGCGGGCUAGACGACAUGUACUACAAAGAUGGGUCCAGCUGGGACGACAUUGGCAGGAUGGUGAUGGAGCUGACGGACCCCAGCCCCAGUGUGUUCUCCAUCUAUGACACUAGAUCAUAUGCAUAG